UAUCGCCGCUGUAGUUGAAUGACACACCGUUCGUGUACCGCUCCGUUGCAGAUAUGGAAGUAUGCAGAUAGAAGCGAGAUACACGAACAACAAUAAACGCCGGAAAGAGAAGCAGCAUUCAAAGAAACAACUGUUUCGAGAAGCAAGCGAGACGAACAAAACGGUGUCAAGUGAUACAUUCUUCCCAGGUUCGAUCAGCAGGCAAGAGGCGCUUCGGACGGUGUGUGCGCUGUUUUCGUCGUUUGGAUUAGAGACCUCGAAGUGUUUUCCAAAGUUUGCUUCCUUUUGGAGCGGGGUUCUGUGAACUGGUGGUGCUAUUAUUAUUCGGUUCGUGAACUUGUCCACAUUGCAUAUAAGAGUGUGACUGUCGUGGUCUUUUGGUCGUCGUCGUUCGGAACAGGAAAUUCCAUCGAUUCGGUCGGAUAUUAAUUGCCUCGAUUGGAGCUACAAGAGUGCAGAGUGUGAUUAGAUGGUUGCUUUGAUUGCAGUUUGAGACUUUGGUGGGGAUCACUCGGUUGCUGUGACUAUUAAUGCAAAUAACGGUGUUGAUUUAGAGCUGAUUUCGGGGUUAUUGUUGUUGACCGAGCGCGACGAGUUUUAUGUGUAUUGGUGUUAGUGCACAAGCAAGUCAUUCAAUGCUGAUUAAGAACAGUGAAAAUACGCAAAAGGGUGAGCCAGCAAAGUGAUUGGGGGAGGUAAACACUGGUGGCCGCUAUAGCAAAACAAAACCGACGGCGAAAUCGUGGGAGAGGAAAGCAGUAAUCUAGAUGGAGAGAGGAGUGGUGUGAAUGAAACUGUGGGAACCUUAAUCUAUGUAAGGCCGUUGUCAGAAGUCAGUCUUGGAAAGUGUUCGGAUACAUAGGAAUGAAGUGAAAUUUUAUGGAACCAAACGGUGCAGUUAAGAAGCAGGUUUCGAGAAGAAAAUUUGCUUGUGGAAUGCGUUUGCAAGAGGAGUAGUGAGUGAAGUGAACCAAAUUCCUCAGUGUGACAUCGACUUAGUCUGGUACGCUUCAGUUACACCUACCUGGUCACCUUGGAGUCAUUGCAUGCUGGUAGCAGAUAAGUCACACGCAAUCGUUGUUGGUCGGUCCAAGACCAGGUGUGUGUUCAAAUUAGCCGAUGUUGUUGCCCACCGAUUGGCAUCAACAUUACAAGGAAACAAGGGGGAUUGAUGUUGGGGCCGGCCGUGUGUGUCUAGCAGUAGGACACGACAGACAAAUUGAGUAACCUGACCGGUGCAAGAGAGAACCGACCGCGCAGUCAUUUGACGAGUCAUGGAGAAAAGUUUCGACGAUAUAACAGUCUCCAGCCUGUCGGAUCUGCAGCUGGUGGGAAAUUCGGUGUCCGGAGCGGGGGUCGUCACGAUACCGGAUCAUCUCCGGGAAGCAAGCUCGCAACUCAACAGCAACAGUAACAACAGAAACGGUGGAAACUCAGGAGGAGGUCAACAGCAGCAACAACAACUACAACGCAACAGCUCCAUCAACGGUAACGCAGAGAAUAAUUUGAAUCGCACGAAAAAGUCAUCCAACAAAUCGGCGAAUCAGCAACAGCAGCAGCAACAACAACAACAGCCUGUAUUCAAUCUGCAUUCCAAACACCUGGACGUUUGGCUGGCGAACGCCAUUCGAGGGUUGGAGAACGCCUCCAGUCAGGAUUCGCCCGAUCAGCUGGACAGUCCGACCCCGAAGGGAGGCUACGGGGAACCACUGUCGCUUCCGCCCAAUUUGAACUAUCUUGACGGGCCGAACUCGUCAUCGCCUUUUAGCACCGGACUGUUUUCGCCGACUCAGUUGCCGCCCCCUAUCGGCAGUGCUGGCGGCUCGCUGGAGCUGGGUGGCAACGGCGGCCUCGGCAUCGGUGGUGUCAUUCAGCAGAAUCCAUAUCGAUUCGGCGGUGGCGGCGGUAUCUCCAGUCACCAGUAUUUGCUCAACGACAGCAGCGAGUUUGCGAGCCUUCCACCACGGAUCACCCAUCAGCAGCAGCAGCAACUUCAGCAGCAGUUGGCAUCAGUUGGUGGACGAAGACCUCCACUGCAGCGGAACCAGAGUUCGUCGUUUCAAGACUUGUUGAAUGCGCAAAGAAUCAUGACGGACUCGUACAUCAACGACUCGUCGGACAACGAAUCGAAAAACAGCUGUGCCAAAUCGAAGCUGGAAAUGGCCGAGACCCUGCUGGCAGACCUUAACCUUCUGAACAAUGGCAGCGGCACCAGCACGGCAUCCGGCAACGGCAUCGGUGUCGGUGGGGUUGGAGGGGGUGUCGUCGGAAGUGGCGUUUACAACGGUACCUCGACAACCAGUGCGGCCAGUGGUGUGAACCAGAACAACUCCGCCAACAACAAUGGCAACAGCAACAAUCUGGUGGUGGUUCUUCUGAAAGAGAUUAGCAAACUGCACGAAACGAAUAAGAAAAUCUGCCGAAAUUUGCAUGAAACCAAAGUGGAGAUGGAAGCUUUGAAGCAUUCUUCGCACUGGGGCCUUAGCCACCGUAGAGACAGUAUAAGCGGUUUGAGCACCAAUAGCCAGCCCGUAGGGAUGCGUUACAAUAGCUUCGGACUGCAGAGUCCCGCACCGACGUAUCACUCGCAAGGAAGCUACAGCCCCGGGCUAGUGGCGGACGUGAUCCGGGAGAUACGCGAAGUGUCACGCGUCCGCGAGGAAGCCAUGAUGGAUCGCAUGAAAACGAUGAUCGAGGAACGUUCGUGGGCCCUCAACGAAACCAACUUCCGGCUGCUGAAGGAAACUGAAGAAGCCAAAAAAAGCAUCCAUCUGGUACGGUCUGAGAUGAACCAAAUGGUGGAUCGAAUGCUGAAGCUCGAGAACGAAGUCAUAAACCUGCGAGCUCAGCUCAACAACCAACAGUUACAGCAGCAGCAACAGCAACAUCAGCAACAGAUGCAUCUACGGGAGCGGGACUCCUACGGUCAAGCAUCGGCGGCAUCUUCUUCGGCCAAACAUCGCCGCAACAGUAUGCACCUGAACUACGGUAGAAUUAACAAUACGGACGAGUUCUACGGCGGCAACAACUUCAACGAUCUGAGCAACGACCUUCGGUAUGGGAACGGAAACGGAAGUGGUGGCGGUGGCAACCUGCGCGGUUCCAAGAUCGGUGAGAAUACCUUUGUCGGUGGACAGACCUUGAAUGGGGCUGGUGGUGGUAGUAGUUACGGGGAGGAAAUGCAUGAAGACUCCGCUAGCGAUCAGGUGCUGUUGCUAGAGAAGGACGCGCUGAAGUUGCGGCGGGAGCUACAGGACGCUUUGGCCUCCAAGCAGGAGUCGGAAAACCGGAUUACAGCUUUGGAAAGUAUUGUAAGUACUCUCAAAGAGCAGGUUCCGCCAACCGGCACGUCCGCAUCCAGCAACACCAUUCCAUCGCUGAUGGGAGCGAAGAGUACGACGACGACGAUGAGUGCGACGAGUGCCUUGAACCCGGCUGGAAUGGUGCCGGCUAGUGGCCAUCAUCUAGAUCACCAUCAGCAGCAGCAACAACUGUCGCAACUUCAUCAGUACUACUUCAGAAACAUCAACAACAAUGGUUCACCGAGUCAACAACAGUCACCACCAACUCCUGUGGGUUCGAUAUCGCCUUCCAAGCUGCAGAAGGCGGCCCAGAUCCAGAGCAUUCCGUCACCGUCCGGCAAACAGUACAUGCAGCUACCGCAGGGUGCAGCUGGUACGAUCAACGUGUCCGGACCGGUGACGGACUUGUAGGUUUAGCGGGAGGUAGCCUAGGAAUGAUUGGAAGGGAUUUGUUAGGAUUCGGGGCGGGUAACUUGAACAUAGGUCUUAAACCAUUUCAGAUGGUAACUCUUUAGUUUUGUAAAGUAAGUCUGUGUGAAACGUAAGAUUGGAUUCCAGGAAACUAGAAAGUACCCCACAUUGAAUUCUAAAAUGGUUCGUGCAUCAUCUCCGGCAGAUUCUUAGAGAAAUUCCGGUUUUUGAAGAUAUCUCCAUAUGUUUCGAUGAGGAUCCAAAUUUAAUUCUAGGAGGAAUUUGCAAUCGAUUCCGGGAGGUUGGACCAUUGGAUUCUUUAAGGAGUUUCCGUAAGAUUGUAGUAGUAAUGUGGUUAGAAUUCUUGCGAAAUUCAUGGCGUACAAUGAAUAAUGUUCACUAAGGGAAAUCUUCUGGAUUCAGAUAGAAUCUUUAAUUGAUUCCUGAAGUAAUCUCUAGUAGUUUCUAAGAGGAACUCCCAACUCCCCUCCUUUAAGAAAGAAUUUUUUUUAAGAUUCCAGAAGAAAUUACGUUUUUUAAGAUAGUUCUUCUCCAGUUUCUGAAGAGAAUUCUUCUUCGGUUUCCUAAGAGAAUCCCUAUCCGGGGCUUGCGGAGAGGAUUCUUCUACGGCUUCCAGAGAAAAUCGUUCUCCGGCUUCCAGAAAGAAUCCUUUCUCCACUACAAAAGAGAAUCCUUCUUUCGUCUUCCGGUCAGAAUUCUUCUCCGGUUUUCGGAAAGAAAACUUGUCCAGCUUGCAGAGAGAAUACUUCUACAGCUUCCGGAGAGUAUCAUUCUCCGGCUUCCUGAGUGUAUCCUUCUUCGGUUUCCGUGGAAAAUCUUUCUCAGGGGCGUACGAAGAAAAUCCUUCUCCGGGGCUUUCAAAAGGAGUUCUUGACAACAGCUUGAAAACAAAACAAGGAUUAGCUGAAAUUUUUUGAGACUUAUGUAGAAUUUUCGGUGAGUGAUAGUAGUGUGUAUUCUUCUAAUGAGACCUUUGCAGAUAACUCUGUGUAGAUCUCUGUGGAGAAUUUGUGAAGACUGCUGUGAAACCUCUGAAGGUAAUAUUUCUGUGAUGAAUUAACUUUUCAAAUUACUCUUCAUAGAACUAUCUACAGAGGUCAACCCUAAGGACCUGAGAAGACUUGUCUCCACAUAAGUCAUCACAUAGAUCUCCACCUCGUUGAAGUUUUCUGUGAAAUGUUAUGUAGAGAAAAUAGAGGAGAGCUCUCAAAAGAUUGUUGGGAAGCCACAUUUUCUCAGUGUUGAGACACUUGUGGAGCUCUAGCAUUCUCUACCAUUUUGGAGACCUCUGUUAAGAUUUAUAAUCUCUGUGGAGAUCCUUGUCGUAACUCCUUGUAGAGACUUUUCUGUCAAGAUAUCUGUAGAGACCUCUACAAAAACCUUUGAGCUCUUUUG